UCCGGGUUGGUGAGAUGGUGUAUACUGGUGUAACUAGCUGGACCAGCUGAGUGAUAUCAUGGCUGAGUAGUAGUAAGUUGACCAGCCUAGUUAUGGCGGGGGAGGGGAGGAAUAUCACCCUCCUUCUCGGGGUACUAACCAUACUUGCUCUCUGUAUUCAUCCAGGAUAUACAGGUAGCAAUCAUCAGACCCCAGGUUCUCAAGGAUCCGGGUCACGUGAUGAAGAGAGACUGGUUCGCGACCUCUUCCGAGGCUACAACAAGCUGAUCCGGCCUGUACAGAAUAUGACACAGAAGGUGGAGGUCGCUUUCGGCCUCGCCUUUAUUCAGCUGAUUAGCGUGAAUGAAAAGAAUCAGAUUAUGAAGUCGAACGUCUGGCUCAGACUGGUUUGGAACGACUACCAGUUACAAUGGGAUGAGGCGGACUACGGCGGAAUAAGUGUGCUCCGUCUUCCGCCAGACAAAGUCUGGAAACCGGAUAUUGUUCUAUUUAACAAUGCUGAUGGAAACUAUGAGGUACGGUACAAGAGUAAUGUACUGAUCUACCCUGAUGGAGAGGUUCUUUGGAUCCCACCAGCCAUCUAUCAGUCUUCCUGCACCAUCGACGUAACAUACUUCCCGUUUGACCAGCAGACCUGCAUCAUGAAGUUCGGGUCCUGGACCUUCACUGGGGACCAGGUCUCCCUCUCCCUCUUUAACAACAAGAACCACGUGGAUUUGUCAGACUAUUGGAAAUCUGGAACCUGGGACAUCAUUGAAGUUCCAGCUUACCUCAACGUUCAUAAUAACACACAAGUCGGACAGCAGCCUACUGAGACGGAUAUCACCUUCUAUAUAACUAUUAGACGAAAAACUCUUUUCUACACAGUGAAUUUAAUUCUUCCCACGGUGCUUAUUAGUUUCCUGUGUGUUCUCGUGUUCUACCUGCCAGCUGAAGCUGGGGAGAAGGUUACCCUGGGUAUAUCUAUUCUACUGUCACUGGUCGUGUUUCUACUACUUGUCUCUAAGAUUCUACCACCUACAUCCCUCGUUUGUAAUUGUCCAAUUGUUUAGUAUUUACUGUUCACAUUUAUUAUGAAUACUGUGAGUAUUCUGGUUACUGUUGUUAUUAUAAACUGGAACUUCAGAGGACCGAGAACUCAUUCUAUGCCAAACUGGAUACGGGUCGUUUUUAUCAAGUAUUUGCCGAUUUUCCUGUUCAUGCGUCGGCCUAAAAAAACACGUCUACGUUGGAUGAUGGAAAUGCAGAACAUGAAAAAAUAUGAUACUCCUGACCUAAUCAAAUCCUCGGAUAGUCUUAUCAAAAGAUUUGAUAAUUUUUUAUAUUUAUUAUAAUUUAUCCAGGUAAUGGAGCUAAACGACCUCCAUACCCCGGCCUGCAAGCUGCACGCCAGCCAAUCCUUUGAGGAGCACUCCCCGCUCGCUGACCGUCGAAACAGCGACAUCAGCGACAUAUUCCUGUCUCCCGAAGCGUACAAGGCGACACAGGCUGUCGAGUUCAUAGCAGAACAUCUACGUAAUGAAGACGAAUAUGUACAGAUUCGCGAAGAUUGGAAGUUUGUCGCCAUGGUGGUGGAUCGAGCUCAACUCUGGGUUUUCUUCCUGGUCACAACCAUCGGUACCGUCGGUAUCCUCAUGGAUGCGCCGCACAUAUUCGAGUUCGUUGAUCAGGAUAAAAUCAUCGAUAUUUAUCGCGGGAAGUAAAGGACGAUAUUUGUACUCGCCAUCUGCACAAAAUUACGCAUAAAAGUACACCAAGAUGGAGUACGCAAACGCACGCCAGAUGCGCACCGUCUGGUGAUAAAAGCACAUUUAUAUUUUGCUCGGAAACCCCGGUUGUAAGGAUUCUUUACAAUUUCAGUGUACAACAUACACAAGACAUUAUUAAUUGUACAUGUGUUAAAAAAGUUAACUGGAGUGAUUAAUGUAUACUAGUUUAUAUAACUUGCGUAGCGCGCCAUUGUGCCGCAUUGUAAAUACUAAAUUUAUGUACAGUGUACACUAGAGCAAAAUCCGCGGAUUUUAGUUCUAGACAAUUUUUGGUACAUGUAUGCAUGCUACUGUACAAGUGACAAAUCAAUCGUACGAGAUGAAAAGACAAUUAGCAAAAUGUAAAUAUUAGCUAUAAUUAAUAUUUAUAAUAUAAUGUAUAUUAAAACCUAUAAUUUAUUACAAUCGUUACAAAUUUAGAUGCUUUAAAUUGCUUUAUUGUAAACUAUAGUAAAAUCAUAAUUGAGCAUAAUGAGAGAUUUUAUCGUAUUUUCUUGGCAUAAACAUCCGGUGUUGGAUCAGUUGGGUAGAAACAACAACUAGCAAUAGGUGCUCUACAGUUGCACAAAUCUUCUAAUUCAAUUAUUCAAUAUUUUAAACUAUAAUAACCAACUUCCCGGACUGACUUUAACUUGCCAGCACUUUUCAAUAUCUCACACUGUGUGCUACAGUAUGCAUGAGUCGAGUAUUCGUUGUGUUUUAUUUUAUGUGCUCAAAUUUUCUUUUUAUACUCUGACAUAUAAUCUGUGUUUGUAGAAUCUCUAUGGGGAAAAAAUCUCGUAAACUAAUUUUUUUUCGAAUAACAUGUGACAAAGAGCGUCUUUUAAGAUGUUUUAUACCUAAUUAUAUAAAUUAAAUAAAAGUAAAAGUAUUCUAAAAAAUGCACGUUUUGGCAGGAAAAUCCCUUCAAAUCAACAUUUCCAAAUUUCGCUCUUUACGAGAAUAAGAUUU